AUGGCGUCUUUAGGUAAUGUCGUAUUUAUUGAUCGUCGUAUAAAGGAUGUCGCGUUCUUGAUCUCGUUGACACACAAAAAUUUUUCCUCAGUGUCAGAACAGGUGAGUUUUCUCUCUCUUUAUUGUGAUAAUUUAGCUGUUCAGUUUGUCUGGUUCAUAGUUUAUUCGCAUCGAUGGCCGUAAUUUGCAACUCAUUUUCACCUUCCAAUUGGCUUUUAAUGACUUUUAACCAUUUUCAACAACAUUUCUGGCUGGUGCCGCAUCGUUUCGGUUUUUGUACAUACGAGCGAUCUGACCUUUCAAUUAAUUAUUUCUUUCAGUCCAAAAUGGCUUCGUGUGUCCCGAAAGUAAUGAUACUUGGUCAUUCUUUCGUUCGACGCCUCAGUGGUGACUUGGAGAAUCAUUUUGACGAUCGUGCCAAAAGCAACUUCGACCUCGAAGGUGUUAAGGUCCGUUUAUUUGGUAUUGGCGGAAGGACGGUUAAGAAAAUUAAGCAAUUUGACGUAGCGAAUGUCUCCCGCUUUGCACCAGAUGUUGUAAUAUUAGAAAUAGGUACCAAUGACCUUUGUAAUGAACCACCAGAAACGGUUGGUUCUCAGAUUGACGAAUUAGUCGAGUUGUUGUUGAACCAUUUUUCUGUUAGGGUAGUUGGAGUUUGUCUGGUGAUUAAGCGAGCUGAGCCAAUGUUUAAUACGAAGGUAGAAGUGUUAAAUCGUUAUUUACGUGUCGUCAUCGACCGCCCUAGAGUGUUUGUAUGGCGACAUAAGAUUUUGGACUCUCCAAGCCAUGAUUUCCUGUUGGAGGAUGGAGUUCACUUAAAUCCUCGUGGCCAGUAUUUACUUUACAGAAGUUACCGAGGUGCAAUUUUAAAGGCUGUGAACAUUUUGAAUAAGUUUGAGUGA